AGAAGGGGUCUGUUGUUGGGACCGAGGAGGAGGAGAAGGUCGGCUGCUCGUGUGGCUACAAAACGGGCUGCUGUUCGACGGGUUUUCGGCUAUUUUGUUCGCUAUCUUAGUCGGGAGAGAGGCAGAGUUUCCCGGUGUCGAGUCGAGGGAACCCGUCGCUGCGACGUCGCCCCGUCCGUUUUCCGUCGCCGCUUCGCCGUUUACUCGGCCGGUUUUGAUCGAAUAAUCGGCGAUAAUCUCAACGGUCGGUCGCUUCUCGCACUUUCCAGCGCCGUUUGGAACGCUCGCUACGCUCCGUUUCUGCGUCGUCAGCGUAGCCGCGGGGGUAAACAUACCGCGAGCCCGUACGGUGUCGGCGCAAACCUCGAGGAAGAGGUCAGCAGGCUUAUCUCCGCUCGGGCUACCGGGGUUAUGAAAUGAGUCAGUCGUGAGCAUGUCGGAUGAGGAUUCGCGUGCCAGCUCUAGCUCUUCUUCAUCCUCCUCUUCCUCCUCCACUCACCAGCAAGCGGAGAAAGACACGCCUAGCAAGAAGCGAGAGAGCAAAGCCAACAUGAGCAAAACCUCCAAACUCCUCUCCACCAGCGCCAAGAGAAUUCAGAAGGAGUUGGCCGAUAUCAUGUUGGAUCCUCCACCGAACUGCAGUGCUGGUCCUAAAGGAGACAACAUCUACGAGUGGAGAUCGACCAUCCUGGGCCCCCCAGGCUCCGUGUAUGAGGGAGGAGUCUUCUUCCUCGACAUCGCCUUCACUCCAGACUACCCCUUCAAACCUCCCAAGGUGACGUUCCGUACGAGAAUCUACCACUGCAACAUCAACAGUCAGGGAGUGAUCUGUCUGGACAUCCUGAAGGACAACUGGAGCCCAGCCCUCACCAUCUCCAAGGUGCUGCUGUCCAUCUGCUCCCUCCUCACAGACUGCAACCCUGCUGACCCUCUGGUGGGAAGUAUCGCCACUCAGUACACAACCAACAGACCGGAGCAUGACAGAAUAGCCAAACAGUGGACCAAGCGCUACGCCACAUAAUCGCCUGCAGGGAGGGAAGAAAGCUGCUGGUGGGAUGACUCGGGAGGGCU